GAGCAGACCCGCGGUCGGGGGCAGCGAGCGCAGCCGCCGCCAUGGGGCAGAUCGAGUGGGCCAUGUCCAACGAGCAGGCGCUGGCCUCCGGCCUGAUCCUCAUCUCGGGGGGCAUCGUGGCCACCGCCGGGCAGUUCACCCAGUGGUACUUCGGCGCCUACGCCAUAGCUGCAGGCGUGUUCGUGUGCGUGCUCGAGUACCCCCGCGGCAGGAGGCAGAAGGGCUCCACCAUGGAGCGCUGCGGACAGAAGUACAUGACCAAAGUGGUGAAGAUGCUGGGGCCCCUGUCCAGGAACUACUACAUCCGGGCCUUUCUGCAUCUCGCCCUGGCGAUCCCCGCGGGCUUCCUGCUGGCCACCAUCCUGGGCACCGCCUGCCUGGCCAUCGCGAGCACCAUCUACCUACUGGCGGCCACCCACGGGGAGCAGUGGGCCCCCAUCGAGCACAAGCCCAAGGAGCGCCCGCAGGUGGGCACCACCAUCAAGCAGCCGCCCAGCAACCCCCCACCGCGGCCCCCCGCCGAGGCCCGCAAGAAGCCCAGUGAGGAGGAGACGGCGGCGGGGACUGCAGGGGUCCCCCCUGGUGGCCCCCAGAUCAACCCCAUGCCAGUGUUUGAUGAGGUGGUGUGACUGGCACUGCCAGGGCUGCGGCCACAAUAAAAAGGACGGA